UCUAUCUCUAUGUUAGUAGUAGAUACUGACGAGUACAGCUUUAUCUAGGUGCGGCCAGUGAUUAUGUUAUGAGUUUUAAGUGAUCACGACUAUGACACAGUGGUAGAUAAAGAAACAUUACCCUUGCAUUAAUCUCACCAAUACAUACCAGAUUUCAAGGUGCCGAUUAGUAUAAACCAUUAAAACUCUAAAUAAAUAUGUCGUAUUUACAUUUAUACCUCUUAAAAAGGUGGCCUAUACGUGCAAGAAUUUCUUAACAAACGUGUAAAUAAUUAUUUACGAUGCAGUAACGAUUUGAACAGAUAGUUAUUAGUUAUUAUGUUACAAUAAAUAAAUACUUGUGUUAUAUAAGCAAUUGAAUUUUCAGCGUUUCGUGUAGUAUAACGAUUUGAGCAAAUAUGGCUCGAAUUUCUGUGUCUCUCUUUCUCUGGGUCGUUCUUCGUGCUGCAAAUGGUUUUAUAGAGCCAGAGAAGCCACAUACCUGUAUCAUAGGAGCUGGCUAUUCUGGUCUGGCUACAGCAAGACAUCUGCAGCAGUAUGGUCUAAACUUCACCGUCUUUGAAAGAACCAAGGAUAUCGGUGGAACAUGGAGAUUCGAUCCGAAUGUAGGCGUAGAUAAAGACGGCGUGCCAGUUUCCACCAGUCAAUACAAAUACUUAAGAACAAAUUCUCCACGCGAAAGUAUGGCUUUCACGGAGUUCGCAUUCCCAGAAUCCACUCCAACGUUUCCAACAGGAACUUGCUUUUACAAAUACAUUAAAUCUUUCGUAAAACAUUUUCAUUUGCUGCCCUACGUUCAAUUACGUAGCUACGUGGUGUCAGUGAAGUUAGCGAACAAACAGUGGGAGUUGUUAUACUACCGUCCUCAUUAUAGAGAAACUAAGACUGUAUUCUGCGAUUAUGUAGUCAUCGCUACCGGCCAAUACAUAAAACCUCACAUACCGAAUUAUGAUGGAAUUAAUGAUUUUAAAGGUAGCAUAAUUCACAGUCACGAUUAUAAAUACCCUGUUGUACUCCUUGUGGGAGCCGGGCCUUCUGGUCUGGACUUGGCAUUACAGUUGAGCAACAUCACAACCAAGUUGGUACACAGCCAUCACUUAGAGUACAACGAACCUUAUUUCUCUAAAUCGUACAUUAAAAAACCGGAUAUCAAAGCCUUUGUAUCAAAUGGAGUUAUUUUUAAAGAUAUGACUUCCGAGGAUGUUGAACAUGUUAUAUUCGCUACAGGAUUCAAGCGAGACUAUCCUUUCUUAGACGAAAGCAGUGCUUUAAUAGUGACACCUCAUUUCGUUCUGCCUCUACACAACCAAAUAGUGAAUAUACGACGACCCACUAUGUUGUUCGUCGGCGUUGUAAAGCAUUUCAUGAAUAGAAUAUUAGACGCCCAGGCGGAAUAUAUUGCUUCCUUGAUAUCAGGACAAUUUGAGCUACCAACCCAAGAAGAAAUGUUAGAAAAGUGGCUCUUAGAUAAUGGCAACAAAAAGCUUAAUGAUAUGCACAACAUAGUCCCGCACGUGAAAAAAUAUAUUGAAGAUAUAACAGAGGAAGCGAAUAUUAAUAGAGUCCCGCCAGUCUUGGUGGACUUAAUAAAUUUUAAUGGACAAAAUCUAUUACAAAAUCUCCUUCACUAUAGAGAUUACGAGUACAGAAUCAUCGAUCCAUUCAACUACACCACAGAAAUUAUUCGUAACCACACGGAAGAAAGGAAACAGGAGUGCCCCAUAAAUGAUGUAAAUUUAAAAAAAAAACAAUUCUCAACGCUCGUAAUAAGAUAUAUAGUUUAACUAAAAA